AUGCCACGACCACUGAGGAAUGCUACACGAGGUCGGGUUCUGCUCCCCUUCAGCAGGCAAGCCACACGCAUACGACCCGCACCUCUCGUCGUACACCAGCCAUUGACCAGCCGUACCCAACCGACGCGGACUGAACCCAAUAGUAAGGAUGGCGAAAAGCAAGAUCGGAGCAAAUUUGCACAUAACGUCUUGGAAGGCAGCACCGUAGCUUUGAUAUCGCUUUUUGGCCUGGGGCUAGGAGGCUACGUAUACAAUCUCUUCUACAAGAAAACCGUAAGAGAUAAAAUCGAAAAUGCUUUCGCUAAGGGGUAUAGCUCGCAAGAGCGCGUGGUUCUCGGUCGAAUCUCAUAUGAUACCGAGCCCAGCAAAUUGCAGGAGGUGGUAGAGAAGGAGUACUGGGUUCCUAGGGCAGAGCAAGAGCAGAUCAACGAUAUUGUCAGCGGCAAAACAAGAGGAAGAUACCACCUCAUCAUCGGUGAGAGGGGGACUGGCAAACGAGCUCUGCUUCUCGAAGCUAUGAGAAAUGUAAAUGGUGAUGGGAUCGCCAUGUUGGAAGCCCAUAAUGACCUGGAGGUGUUUCGAACACGAUUUGGCAAAGCCAUUGACUACGAGUUCCACGAAGACUACAUGGGUGGACUUUUCAGUAUUAGAGGACCGCGAGACAGUACCCCCUUGCUGGACAUCGAGAGAGCAAUGAAUCAAAUGGAGAAGGUGGCUUUGUCGAUGCGGAAGAAGCGUGGCAAACCAUUGCUGCUGAUUAUCAAUAACAUUCACUUGUUCAAGGAUGAUGGCGCAGGAAAACACUUACUAGAUAUUCUGCAACAGAGGGCUGAGAUUUGGGCUGGGAACGAGCUUGUGACGACAGUCUUCACAUCCGACGAAUUUUGGACGCUCGAGAAAUUGACACCGCACGCCACCAACAUGCAUGUCAUCAACAUCAGAGAUGUGCGAAAAGAUGUAGUCACGGCAGCGUUAAAAAAGUACCGUGCCCGAUACCACGGUGAAGACGUGCCACACAGCAUUCUAGAUGAGGUCUAUGCCAAGGUCGGCGGGCGACUGAUCUUUCUCAAUCAGGUUGCAAAGUCAAGAGACAUGCUGGAUACUUGUAAGCAAAUCAAUCGAAGAGAAAAGUCAUGGUUCCUCAACAACUGUUGGAUUCUCGGUGACUCAAUGGACGACGACGUCGAAGAGCAGCAAAAGUACUGCGCAGCAGCCAUAAUUCUGGCCCGAGCGCUCGUCCUGCGGGAACAAAAAGAUACCUCUGACCUUGAGCAAUUCACCCUCCCUGAAAUCCCUCUUCACGAGGCUCGCCAGAUCAUUACUCGCGCCGACUUUGUGCACCCUUUUGACCACAUCAAUGUCUUUCAUAUCGAUGCGAACGGGAUGGUACGCGCCGACUCUGUGCCAAUGCAAAACACCUUCCGAGAAAUUGUGAAUGAGCCAGGUUUCGAGGAGCAUCUCAAGGCUACGUUGAACAGGCUUGAUGAGCUCGAGAGCUUGGCAAGAACGAGAGAGAUCGCUUACAGAGAUGCACCUGACAGGAGCGGGGGGGUGGUGCCUGUACAGACCUACUGCGCGAAAUUGACGCGGUUACCACUCGCUCUCGACUUCAAUGUAGAACACAGGCUUGUCGAGCACGAAGGAGGCAGGGUCAGUCUCUCCUGCCUCAUGUAUCCAAAGACCUGGAAAGUUGUCAAUCCUGGGGAUAUACGGAGACAGGCUCGGUAA